AUGUCUCGGCUUCCCUCAUCUCGCCAGGACCCCAAGGUCAGCUCGCCAAACUCCGUCCCGGCAGAGCACCAGCACUCGAACGGCGCAUCCUCUUCCUCAACACCUGUCCCACCACAAUCCCUCGCAGCAUCGCGCGACGUGUACCACCGCCCCUACAUCCCGGGCGAGCCAACCACCAUCACUGAGACUAUCGCCUCUGCGCCAAACCCUCACAACGCCGACUUCUCACCUCUGCCAUUUACCCAGGACGAGACGAUGGACCCGUUGGCACUCGACGCUGCGGCCGAGGAAGAGCCUGGAUCACCGACCGCGCGCCUGCUCCGCGCAAUUGCUCCGCCGAAUGCAACACAGCCCAACCCCAACUGGCCUUCACCGCCUCCCAACGCAAGUGUCAACCUUUUCAUCGGCCGCGCGCUUCUGUCCAACGGCAAUGACAACUGGCCUCUGAAACCCAACGACAUUGUCAACUGGAUCCGCAAGCACUACCCCGACGAGUGGGACGGUGACGAAGGGCGAUGCUCAGCGCACCGCGUCCGCACCUACCUCGCACGCAAAGGCGCCGACAUGUACUACGAGAAGCUCAACCAGGGCUGCAUCGCAGGCUGGCGCAUCCGUCAAAACCACCUGUGGCGUUUCGAGAACGGCGGUUUCCAGGGCCGUGGCAUGAAACAGGAGGAGGCUAUACUCAACGCGCAGAAGGAGAACGAGAUGGUCGCGACGGCGGCACACAAGGCGGCUGCUGCGGCGGCUCUGGCACAGGGCCAUCCGGGGAUCAGGGUGUCCAUGUCGUCGAACAACCCAGGCGAGGGACCGCCUGCCAAGCGCCAGCGCAAGAUGAACGGACAAGCUCGCAGGAAGAACCUCAAGAAGGCCGAAGAGUACGACUACGGCUACGGGUUCCAGACAUCAGCACCGGCCAUCUCGGCCAACGACAUUCCGCUCGCAGGGCCAAGUCACUCGCAGCCCGUCCACCAGUCGCUCGAGGCGGCGGCAGCCGCCGCAGUGGCUGCUGCUGCAAACGCCGAGGCCGCUGGCACGCCGAUGGGCAGUGCAAACGAGACGCCAGCGUCGGCGACGCAGGGCGACGGCAGCCUCGAUGCCAGCAUGGUGCACCACGCUAUGGCCAACUCGGCGCAGAUGGACGAGCUCGAGAUGGGCAUGCAGCUACCAAUUGAGAUGCAGAUGCACUCUGAGACGCACGACGACGAAGACCAACGAUACGACUACGGACAGGCCUACUACGCUGGGCAGGGGCAAGUGUAUGGAGGCCAGUAA